AUCAUACACCAGAGAACACACACAGGGGAGAAGCCCCAUGUUUGCAAGGAGUGUGGGCGUGGCUUCAGUGUGAUGCCAAGUCUCAUCAAACACCAGAGAACACACACAGGGGAGAAGCCCCAUGUUUGCAAGGAGUGUGGGCGUGGCUUCAGUGUGAGGUCAUAUCUCAUCAUACACCAGAGAACACACACAGGGGAGAAGCCCCAUGUUUGCAAGGAGUGUGGGCGUGGCUUCAGUGUGAUGUCAAAUCUCAUCAUACACCAGAGAAGACACACAGGGGAGAAGCCCCAUGUUUGCAAGGAGUGUGGGCGUGGCUUCAGUGUGAGGUCACAUCUCAUCAUACACCAGAGAACACACACAGGGGAGAAGCCUCAUGUUUGCAAGGAGUGUGGGCGUGGCUUCAGUGUGAGGUCACAUCUCAUCACACACCAGAGAACACACACAGGGGAGAAGCCUCAUGUUUGCAAGGAGUGUGGGCGUGGCUUCAGUGUGAGGUCAAAUCUCAUCACACACCAGAGAACACACACAGGGGAGAAGCCUCAUGUUUGCCAGGAGUGUGGGCGUGGCUUCAGUUCUAGCUCAAAUCUCAUCAUACACCAGAGAACACACACAGGGGAGAAGCCCCAUGUUUGCAAGGAGUGUGGGCGUGGCUUCAGUGUGAGGUCACAUCUCAUCAUACACCAGAGAACACACACAGGGGAGAAGCCCCAUGUUUGCAAGGAGUGUGGGCGUGGCUUCAGUGUGAGGUCAUAUCUCAUCAGACACCAGAGAACACACACAGGGGAGAAGCCCUUUGUUUGCAAGGAGUGUGGGCGUGGCUUCAGUGUGAUGUCAAGUCUCAUCAUACACCAGAGAACACACACAGGGGAGAAGCCCCAUGUUUGCAAGGAGUGUGGGCGUGGCUUCAGUGUGAGGUCAAGUCUUAUCACACACCAGAGAACACACACAGGGGAGAAACCCCAUGUUUGCAAGGAGUGUGGGUGUGGCUUCAGGAUGAGUUCACAGCUCAUCAGACACCAAGGAACACACACAGGGGAGAA